CACCGUUUUCCCCAUCCCCUCCUAUUAUUCUUAUUCUUUUGAGUAUUCUUCGUUGUCAAGCCGCCAAAGUGGAGAGUGUGAUUGCAGAAGGGGGUGCUUCUCGUUUCAGCGAGUUCCUGGGGAAAACCCCAGGGCAAAGCGUUCAGAGAUGGGUUCCUUCACGAAGCACUAGACGAGAUGUCAACUCCAGCAACGAAAAAGAGCGACACGAUGCAAUCUUCAGGAAAGUGAGGGGCAUACUCAACAAACUCACGCCUGAAAAGUUUGACAAGCUAUGCCUUGAGCUCCUGAACGUGGGCGUAGAUUCAAAACUCGUCCUUAAAGGAAUCAUCUUGCUGAUUGUAGACAAAGCCCUAGAAGAGCCGAAGUAUAGCUCGCUCUAUGCUCAGCUAUGUCUGCGCUUGGCAGAGGACGCACCAAACUUUGAUGGCCCUUCAUCUGAGAUCCAAACAUCCCAAAAGCAGAGCACAACCUUCAGAAGACUGCUGAUUUCCAAACUUCAAGAUGAAUUUGAAAACCGCACCAGAAAUGUUGAAAUCUAUGACAAGCAUGACAACCCUCUUACUUCUGAAGAGGAGGAGCAGCGUGCCAUUGCCAAGAUCAAGAUGCUUGGCAACAUUAAAUUCAUCGGGGAACUUGGCAAACUCGACCUCAUCCACGAAUCUAUCCUUCAUAAGUGCAUCAAAACACUUCUGGAAAAGAAGAAGAGAGUCCAGCUCAAGGAUAUGGGGGAGGAUCUGGAGUGCCUCUGUCAGAUAAUGAGGACAGUGGGGCCGAGACUCGACCAUGAGAAAGCAAAGUCUUUAAUGGAUCAGUACUUUGGCCGUAUGCGAUCCUUAAUGAACAACAAGGAGUUGCCUGCUAGGAUCCGCUUCCUGCUCCAAGACACAGUGGAACUGCGAGAAAACAACUGGGUCCCCCGCAAGGCUUUCAUCGACAACGGACCAAAGACGAUUAACCAGAUCCGUCAAGAUGCAGUGAAAGAUCUGGGGGUUUUCAUCCCAGCACCCAUGUCUCAGGGGAUGAGAAUGGACUUCUUCCUGGAAAGCCCCUUCAUGCCCAACAGAGUGAAACUGGACAGGGAGACUCUCGGGGGAUUGGCCGAUAUGUUUGGACAGAUGCCAGGCAGUGGUAUUGGAACUGGCCCGGGGGUUAUUCAGGACAGGUACUCGCCCACUAUGGGACGCCAUCGCACCAACCCGCUCUUCAACGGCCACAGCGGCCAUAUCGCCCCUCAGCCACAGUCACAGUUCGACAUGGGGCCAAAGUCUUUUGUUAAGUCCAACCAGGUUCAGAACCAGCAUUUCCUCAACCAGAACCAGAACCAUAUGGCCCAGCAGCAGGUCCAGUCCAAGGACAUGCCUCCGCGAUUCAGCAAGAAAGGACAGCUCAACGCAGAUGAGAUCAGCCUCAGGCCUGCUCAGUCAUUCCUUCUCAACAAGAACCAGGUUCCAAAGCUCCAGCCCCAGAUCCCCACCAUGAUGCCCCCCAGUGCCCAGCCACCACGCACUCAGACCCCCCCUCUGGGACAGCCUCCACAGCUUGGCCUGAAGACCAACCCUCCGCCCAUCCAAGAGAAACCUCAGAAAACAAACAAGAAGCCGCCUCCUGCCAAGGAGGAACUUCUGAAAAUGACGGAGGCGAUCAUGACUGAAUACUUGAACAGUAAGAACCUGACAGAGGCUGUGAGCGGCGUGCGAGAGAUGAAGGCUCCAAAGCACUUCUUACCUGAGAUGCUGAGUAAGAUCAUCGUGUGUUCCCUGGACCGCCCUGAUGAGGACAAGGAGCACGCCAGUACUCUGAUCCACACACUCCGCACUGAGGGCCUCAUCACAGGAGAGAACUUCAUGCAGGCCUUCCUUAACGUCCUGGACCAGUGCCCUAAGAUCGAGCUGGACGUGCCCCUAGUGAAGUCCUACCUGGCCCAGUUUGCAGCUCGGGCCAUCAUCGCAGAGCUGGUGAGCGUGGCAGAGCUGGCUCACCCCUUGGAGAACGGCACCCACUUCCCCCUUUUCCUGCUCUGCCUGCAACAGACGGCCAAGCUGAAGGACCGUGAGUGGCUGACCGACCUCUUCCAGCAGAGCAAGGUCAACAUGCAGAAGAUGCUCCCAGAAAUCGAUCAGAACAAGGACCGCAUGCUGGAGAUCCUGGAGGGGAAGGGCCUAAGCUUCCUCUUCCCGCUGCUGAAGCUGGAGAAGGAGCUGCUGAAGCAGAUUAAGGCAGAUCCCUCUCCACAGUCCAUCUACAAGUGGAUCAAAGACAACAUUUCGCCCAAGCUUCACACCGACAAAGGCUUUGUCAACAUCCUCAUGACCAGUUUCCUUCAGUACAUCUCACAGGAGCUGGGCAUGGCAGAGGGCGAUGAGCAGCUGGCGGCCCCCUCCAAAGAGCAGCUGGAGCAGGAGAAACAGCUGCUGCUGGCCUUCAAGCCCGUCAUGCAGAAGUUCCUGCACGACCAUACCGAGCUGCAGGUCAGCGCCCUGUACGCCCUACAGGUGCACUGCAACGCCAGCGCCUUCCCUAAAGGCAUGCUGCUGCGCUAUUUUGUCAACUUCUACGACAUGGAGAUCAUUGAAGAAGAAGCCUUCCUCGCAUGGAAAGAAGACAUUACCCAAGAAUUCCCUGGAAAAGGAAAAGCUUUAUUCCAGGUCAACCAGUGGCUCACCUGGCUGGAGACGGCAGAGGAGGAGGAGUCUGAGGAUGAAGCAGAUUGAGAAGGAGAACAGAAGCAUCAUGUUGUAGAAGAUCAACCUCAUCGUUAUUACAGUCGCCUUUCCUUUAUUAAACACCAUGCUUAAUUUAACCACUACCACGUGGCACUCGGCUGCUUCUGGCUUGCAAAUUUUAAAGCUUGUACCUUGUAGAGGGCCUCAUGUGUAACCAUGACGAUACGCUGAGAAGCAUCUUUUGAUCUGUUGCCUAAUGGAUGUUUAAUUUGGGAUUUGUGUCCUGACCAGCUACAUCAAUUCUGAGGUAGCUCAACGUUUUACUUUUUUCUUCUUUUUUUGGCUCUGUUUGUAACUUUUUUUUUCACAGUUUUGCAUGUUUUUCAUUUCAACUUAAUUUUUACUAAAUUGACCCUCCCUACCAAUAGGAAACAGCUGAAAAUGUAGGACUUUCCCACAUAAAUUUCCACACAUUUCCUCUUUGCUAGAGCUAGCUUAAGACCAGUAUGAAAAGGUUCAAUCUUUGACCUGCUUUGUGAUCUUCUGUAAGGGUCCAGCUUCGAUUUCCUUACAUCACACUCAUGUUUCAUCUUAAAUACACAGCAGAAAAUGUUACAGACACCUGAAAGUGAGGAAUAGGCAAGUGUGAUGAAGGGUGAAGGCGGCCCGCUGAAGUGAGAGCGAAGCAAAUGCUAGCCGUAUGUUUCCAAAAGGAUUCAGACGCAUGUUUAGUCAGCCUAAACAAAGCCUAUUUGAUUUGACUGUUUCAACCCCCUCCUCUGUUAUCUAUCCCUCUGUUGUCUUUUAUUACAUGAGUGGUUGCAAUACUCAUCCUCCAAAUGUUACAAUAUUUACAAAAAAACAUAAAAAGGUUGUAAUCAUUGGUGUGCCGCCGUAACAUUUCAAAGUUGCCUGUGUUUCUACCUCUUAGUUAGAUGGGCUUUUUGUUUGUUUUCAUUCGUGCUGGGAUAAUAAAUCUACUCAAGAAGAACCGAGGGCCCGAGCACACGCUGAAGUAUUUGAUUUAGUCCUGGCCUAUUAUAAUUGCACAAUAAAAUAAUUGAAGCAGAUGUUUUGCAGCAAAGCUUCACAUGGUUUACAAGUAUUAAUGUUGAAGAGAAAAGAUUGUUUUUAAAAAUAGAGCUUCCUCUUUGAAAAGCUUAACUGUUAAAAGUUGGAGAUUCAGAGUGGCCUCAUUAUUUAGAAAUGCUUGAAAUGGAACAUGAGAUAAAUGAAUUUUAAUGUUUUUUCUUAAAUUGGCAGAAUUGAAGCAAAGCCUCAAUAGGUUGUAAUCAACCCUUCUUGACUAAAAUGAUUCUAACAGCUAAGUAAUGACAGACUUUUACCUAAGGGUUGUGCUCACAGGCCAUGUUUAUGUAUGAGGCAGUGGAUUUGGAUCAUUGUAUGGAAUUCAAAAUUAUUGUGCACCUCUAUUGCUUUAAUGUCAAUAAAAUCCAAUACAUGAGCACCACAA